UGUUUCUAUUCGUCGACUUAUCGUACAGAUUUGACAAUAAUCAACAGAUUCUGUGAAGUGUUUGGCUGUGAAGAAAAUCCCUAAAUUCCACAUGGAAAAAAACUCCCAAGAUAAGCAAGAGAUGGAUCAGCAAAGAGAGCAGCUGGGUAAGGAAGCAUCUGAGGUUAAUGCAUUGAAACGUGUUUCUGAUGAUAUCAUCCCUCACAUUCUCAACUUAUAUGGGGCAUGUGCUGCACCUCGUGAUUUUGAAAUCUAUGCUCCAGAUGCAACAUUUGAGGACCCACUUAUGUGCGCUCAUGGAGUGAAGCAGAUUAAAUCAGCAUUCUAUUCGCUUUCCAAGGUAUUUAAUGAAUCAAAAAUUGUGGAAUACAGCAUCAAAGAAAAUCUAAUUUCACCUGAAAAGACAGAGAUAUUAAUGGACAACAAGCAACACUAUAAGUUCUUGGGGAGAGGCAUAGAUAUGAUAUCACUCAUCAAGCUGCAUGUUGAGGGAGGCAAAGUCGUUCGCCAUGAAGACUGGUGGGACAAAAAGCCCCUGUUGAACAGAGAGACAGCUAAGCUGCCAUUGGUUGGCCGAAUUGUGGAAAUGACUCGCAGGGGUUCAAUGCUGGUAACCCAUGUGAUGAUGAGGUUUGGGAAGGAUCCAACUGUGUAAACCACUUUAAAACCAAAGCCAGAGAUACAAAUUGUGUUUAGUUCAUGCUUAGGUGUGUGUAUUUGUGUAAUCCGUGUUUUCUUCUUUCUUAGGGAUGAUAUAUAAGUAAAACAUUGUGCAACUCUGCUUAUGUUCAUGAUUUACAACUUUGGCUAGGUCAAUUUAUUGGGCUUUUGAUGAAC